GUUGUUCCAUUUUUUUUCGUUUAUUUCUUUGGCCCAUAAUGAACAGGAGAAAUUCAAUUUGUUGUAGUUGAUAAUUUUUUUUUCUUUUGACAAAAAAUUUAACACCUGUACAUGUGUUUUUCUACUGCAAUCAUGUUAUCCACAUCGAUCCUGUACUGUAACAAUAUUGAACAGGAAAAUUCUCUUCCACCACCACCAACACAACAACCACCGCAAUCGUCUUCAUUACAAUCAAAUGAUUUGAUCCAAAAUCUUCAUCAUCAUCAUCGUCGUCGUAAUCAUCAUCAUAAUCGACAACAUCAUGAUUCAUUAUCCAACAAUAGUAAUGUUAAUCCAUCACGAUAUUUACGAACAACAUCAAAUCGAACACAAACAACAACAAAUCGUUCGAUUGAUGGACGAUCAUUAUUAUCGGGUGGAUUUAGUAGUAAAAAUAGUUUCAUUUCAUCAUCAUCAUCUUCAUCAUUAUUUUCGAGGAAUAAAAGUAACAUCGACAACGAUCAUAAUCAUCGUUAUCGUGUACAAUAUCUUGGUUGUAAUAACUGUGAUAUACGUUCACAUAAACCAGAUAAUGGUAUUGGUGCAUAUCAAAAACCAUUACUGGAUCUUUAUUGUGCAAUAUUUCGUCGUUCAUUAAUUAAUCGUUCAUUGUUGACAUUGAAUCAAGUAGCCGAUCUAUCUACACAUGGUAUAUUUAUUGCCGAAAAAGAUCGUUUUACAUCGCCACCACCACCAUCAUCAGCAACAAAAGCAACUUCUUCACAUCAUCAUGACAUGAUUCAUUCACGUGCCGGCUCAUCAUCGGCUAAUAAUGUUGAUGAUUGUAAUAAUGAUACUACCUCAAAUCUAUCGGAACCAUCAUCGACCAUUGUGACCAAAGUGAUAACACCAUUGAGUAAUGUUUUAUUAUGGGCAGCUGUUCGUCUUCAGCAUCGUACACAAUUACGCAGUGGUAAUAAUAGUAAAAACACUAAACGGCGACAUAUUGGUGUUGCAUUUGUACCAUUAUCAUGUUCUGAAGCUGUACUUGAUAAGAAUGCAUUUGUAACAUUAAAUUCUAAACAAAGAUUCCUAUUAGGUAUACCACAUCCACCAUUAUUUGUAUGUAUCCUUCAAAAAAUCAAUUCCAAUCAACGAUUAGAAUGUCAUUUAUUUGUUUGUGGUACAACCAAUGAUGCUAUUCAUAUGUGUAAUCGCAUGGAUGAAUUAAGACAAUGUUCAUCGACUAUUGGACGUUUACAGAUUCCAGCCGCUGGACAAAUGGGUAAAUAUUCUUAUAAUAAUAAUAAUAAUAGUCGUCAUCAUCGUAUACCAUCAUCAUCGACAACAACAACAUCAGCAUCAUCAAUUAUAACACGUUCAUAUACACCAAGUCAAACUGAAUCCGAAUUAUCAAUAUUAUCAUCAACAUCGAUCAGUCGUCCUAAAUUUUCUGAUAUUGAAGAAGAAGGUGAUGAUGAAGUAGUACGUGAAGAUGAUUUUGUUGAUAAUAAUCAUCAUCUUAUUGUACACAAUGGUCAUAUUCAUCGAGAAAAUGACGUAAAAAAAUUAAUUGACAACUAUCAAUCAAAAAUAGCUGAUAACAAUAAUCCUCGACAAGCAACAACAAUGGGUUUCAAGAUUAUUCAACAAAAUUCGACCACAACAGCAACAAGGAACAAUGAUAACGACAAUGGCCAAUCAAAGAUCAAGUGUAGUGGUGAUUCAAGAUUGUAUGAUCAAACAACAAGAAUGAUUGUUGUUGACAACAAGGUCGCCACCAACAACAAUCAAAAUGAUUAUAACAUUGGCUGCCCAUCUGAAUUAUCAUCAAUUAUGAGCAAAACAAUCAUCAAUAACUAA